UUUCUCUAAACUAAACCCUGUAGCAGAGUAAACAGAUCCAGAUUAUGGGUCAUUUCAGAAGCAGGUCAGUUUGGACCUGGUUGUUUCAAACGUUUCUUCAUUGAGGGGAUUCCUGAACCCGGGGCAGUGUUGAGAAAUCCUGCUGCUGAUAAAUGACCUGAGCGUUACAGAGCUGGAGCAGAUGAGGAGGAGAAACUCUGACCAGAACAGCAUGAAGUUGUAUUUGGUUUCUACGUUAUCGCUGUCACUUACUCUGCUGUCAGCAGUUUGUGGUCAGCAGAGAGUAAACUGUAGAUGGGGUUCUUAUGGAGGCUGGUCUGAGUGCGACGGCUGCUCCCGUACCAAGGUGCGGACUCGUCAUGUGGAGGUGUACGCUCAGUUUGGAGGGGCGCCAUGUUCAGGAGACGCCACCGAAACGCAGGCAUGCGUCCCACAGAAGACGUGUCCCCUGGAAACAGGGUGUGGCAGCAGGUUCCGCUGCACCUCUGGUCAGUGUAUCAGCCAAUCUCUGGUUUGUAAUGGAGACCAAGACUGUGAGGACGGUCUGGACGAGCGAAGCUGUGGUCAGGACAACAGCCAGUACUCCUGUGAUCUUAUCAAAACGCCUCCAAACGCCGACCUCACAGGCAAAGGAUUCGACGUUCUGACAGGGAAGCUGAAAGCUGGUGUCAUCAACACGUUUAGUUUCGGAGGACAGUGCCGGAAGGUUUUCAGCGGGAGCCACAAAGUGAUGUACAGACUGCCACAGAACAUCCUCAGGUUCAACUUUGAGGUCCAUGUGGACAACGAGGAAAGUGACGAGUCCUAUGAGAGCGCCUGGUCCUACGCUCAGCACAUCCAGUCCAACGCCUGGUUCGGACAUGACCGUCGGACGUUCCACAAAGAAGUCACAGACAAUAAGGCUUACAGACUUCUGGUCCUGAAGAACAGAGUGGAGUUGGCCCAGUUUCAGAACUCUGCCCCCCAGUAUCUGACUCUCUCUGCAGACUUCUGGAAGGCCUUGUCCUCGCUGCCGCUGACCUACGACUACUCCGCCUACCGCCAGGUGCUGCAGACCUACGGCACACACUACAUGUCUGAGGGCUCACUUGGCGGCGAAUACCAAGGCUUGUUGGAGUUUGACUUUGAGGCCCACACAUCCCACAGUGUGCAGGACAUUGAAUACCAAAGAUGUUGGAAAAAAGUGAAGCGCUUCCUGUUCUUUAAGAAAACCAAAAUCAUCUGUGAAAAACUACAGAAACAUCUGGAAUCCAAAGCUGGAAGCCAGUCAAACAAGAUGCCCAUUAAGGUGAACGUGUUUGGAGGAGAUCCACAGUUCAUAGGUGCUCUAUCUGUUCUGGAUCUACAGAAACCCGAAGCUAACGGAGAAAUCUACAGUAACUGGGCCUCAUCUGUCAAAGAUUUCCCUGAUGUCAUAAACCAGAAGCUUCGUCCUCUGUAUGAACUGGUGAAAGAGGUCGAGUGCGCCGGGUUGAAAAAGCUUUACCUGAAGCGAGCGAUGGAGGAGUUCCUGUCCGAGGAGCAUCCCUGCCGCUGCAGGCCGUGCCAGAAUAACGGCCAGCCGCUGCUGACCGGCACCGAGUGCCGCUGCGUCUGCAGACCCGGAACAUCAGGACCGGCCUGCGAGAGGGGAGCCGUGACUGGAGAACAGCCCGGAGUGAUCCACGGCAGCUGGAGCUGCUGGUCCUCCUGGGGAUCCUGCUCUGGAGGUCAAAGGUCAAGAACCCGAAGCUGCAACAACCCCGCCCCUAGAGGAGGGGGCCGGAACUGCAUCGGGGAGCAAAGCGAACAAAAGCCCUGUGAAGAGCCAGAUAUGCAAUACUUACAGAUGAUGGAGCCUCAGUGCUUUGGGCUUUCCAUAACUCCACCAAAACGGUGCAGACUCCCUCCAGUCCUGAAGAAUGGAUUCGUUGAGGAUCUUAAAGACUUUUACACAGUAGGAAGCAGAGUGCAGUAUUCCUGCAUAGAGGAUUUUUACCUUGUUGGAAACGCUGCAGCCACAUGUGGAGAAAACCUGCAAUGGAGCUCAGGAGCAAUGGUUUGUAAAAGUUCCACUUGUGGAUUUCCUGAAAUCGGCGGUUUAGUUGAAGCCACGCCCAUUAAAAAUGCCUACCAGAUCGGAGACACCGUGUCCCUGUCGUGUCCCAUGGGAUCAGAGCUGGACGGCGAGGUGUCAGAGGUCAGGUGCAGCUCCAGUCUGCAGUGGUCGCCGUCUCCUGAUGAUGUUCGGUGCAGAACAGUGCUGCUCACCUCUCCGGCGCCACCUGCUGGUCUGAACUGUAAACCCUGGGAGAAGAUCGGAAAAACCGGCUGUGUCUGUAAAAUGCCCUCUGAGUGCCUGUCGUCUGUGCAGUUCUGCUCCCGGGUCGGGCCGAGGAGUCUCUGGUUGGGCGUCUGCCAGCUGGGGGCGCUGCGCUGUUUGGGGCGCAGCUUCACGCUGGCCGCCGAUACGGACUGCAGCAAACCGGAAGAGGAAACGUUCACUUCCUGCAGCGACUGCAAACCAGGGACGACCUGCCGAGAAUCCCAGCGGAAAUGCGCAUGUCUGAGUCCGUCGGAGUGCCCUGCAGGCCCCGCCUCCCUGUGCGUCAGUUCCGGUGAUGAUGGCGGCACUGCGAACAUGUCGGAGUGUGAGGUGGGAUCCAGGAGGUGCGCAGGCGAAACUGUCCGCCUGAUCAGUCUGGACCAAUGUCCGCAGUAAACAGACACUUUUCUUCAUUGUUUCUGUAAAUAUUUAUUACUUUCGUAGCAGCUGAACUGUAAAUAGAACAGAUCGUUCCAAAUAAAUUGAUAAAUUUCUUUGUUUUUGUACAUCCAUAAGGAUGUUAAUGGUUGGAUUGAUUGUUUUUGUUAUAAAAUUAAUAAAACUGUUUUAAUUCUCUUGA